UGUGACCCUGCAUGGCGGAGCAUACUCCCGGUGAUCCUCCCGUACCUCUCGGUAAUCGACCCGCUACGUCCUCUCCUCUUUCUCCUCUCUCCUUCUCCUCCUCUGUUCAUCUGUCCAUUCCUUUCCUCCGUCUGUUCAGCUGUAAAACAGAGUUCCUGUCUUACCUCCUCCUCUGCCUGGUCAAGAUGCCUUUCAUCCCUCCUGUCCCCUCCUCCUCCUCCAUCCCUCCAUCCUCCUUCUCCAUCUCACGGCCGCCCCCCGUCACAGGGACCGGAUCAGGUAUCACCACGACGACAUCGCCACCACCGCUCCAGGUCACCCCGGUGAGAGCCGUUAAGGCCCCGUUACUACCGGAGGGGAAGACUAACGUUACAAGCAACCCGAUGAGGGAACACCUGACCUUCAACAGGCAGCUGGGCAGGAAGAGCCAACCCCGCAGCAGACUGCCCACCAUCAGGGGGAGAGGUGCAGGGUUGUCAGGGAUACAGGUGGAGGGCAGGAACCCCUGGCUACCGUCACACAGACUCCCGGUAAUGUCACAGAGACUCCCGUUAAGGUCACCGCCGUCCGGUAAUGGCUCCACCGGUGGUAGCAGCAGCUUCCCCGCCUCAAGCUCCGGAGAGUCGGUGACACAGGGGGCGGAGUUAGAACAGGACUUACCGUCACCACGACAAGUACCAAUGAAGAGCGAGGAAGAGAGAGAACAAGAGGAAGAGGAUGAGGAGGAGGGGCGCUUCACCCUCACCAUAACACCAGAGGCUGUACUCCUGUUACAGAGGAGGAAAGCUGAGGAUCUCAGAGCCAACAGGAUGGGGACUAGAACAGGAAGCAGUGACAAGCUCCAAGCCAGAAGGAUGGGGACUAGAACAGGAAGCAGUGACAAGCUCCAAGCCAGCAGGAUGGGGACUAGAACAGGAAGCAGUGACAAGCUCCAAGCCAGCAGGAUGGGGACUAGAACAGGAAGCAGUGACAAGCUCCAAGCCAGCAGGAUGGGGACUAGAACAGGAAGCAGUGACAAGCUCCAAGCCAGCAGGAUGGGGACUAGAACAGGAAGCAGUGACAAGCUCCAAGCCAGCAGGAUGGGGACUAGAACAGGAAGCAAUGAGAAGCUCCAAGCCAGCAGGAUGGGGACUAGAACAGGAAGCAAUGAGAAGCUCCAAGCCAGCAACAUUUCCAUUCCCAAACGGACUCUGGUAACGUCACGCCGAGGGAAUACUGGAAAUACCGGUACUACCGGCCCACUGGGCAGCAUUAGAAGGGGUAGUAACGGUGUCAGAGCCAGAAACGUUAACGGGGACAUUAGCCACCUGGUGAAGAUAUCGCUCCUUAAUGAUCGUUAUAAAUACGAUGAUGUGGAAUAUGAGGAAGAGGAGGAGGACGGACGGAUGGACCAGAGGACAGCCAUGAAGUGUACUGAGUGGCUGAGAGGACUGGAGACCACUACGGGUUAG